CCGCCCCAGUCCCCGCCUCUCGGCCCCCUUGUACUGCCCCGGGCCCGCCUUCUCUCUUCCCAGGGCUUCCGCCGGGUCUCCAGGCGACUCUGCGGCCGCGCCCCGGUGAUGGCGGCCGAGGAGAGCACGGGGACCGAACUCCUGCUACGGAGUUUCGAGCGCCGCUUCCUGGCCGCGCGCGCACUGCGUUCCUUUCCCUGGCAGAGCUUAGAAGCAAAAUUAAGAGACUCAUCAGAUUCUGAGCUGCUGCGGGAUAUUUUGCAGAAGACCGUGAAGCAUCCUCUGUGUGUGAAGCACCCGCCAUCAGUCAAGUAUGCCUGGUGCUUUCUCUCAGGGCUCAUCAAAAAGCACGAGGCUGUCCACAUGGAGCCUCUGGACGAGCUGUACGAGGCACUGGCGGAGAUCCUGAUGGCCAAGGAGUCCACCCAGGGCCACCGGAGCUAUUUGCUGCCCUCCGGAGGCUCAGUCACGCUCUCCGAGAGCACGGCUAUCAUCUCCCAUGGCACCACGGGUCUGGUCACAUGGGACGCCGCCCUCUACCUUGCAGAAUGGGCCAUCAAGAACCCGGCAGCCUUCACUCACAGGACUGUCCUAGAGCUUGGCAGUGGCGCCGGCCUCACAGGCCUGGCCAUCUGCAAGAUGUGCCAUCCUCGGGCUUACAUCUUCAGCGACUGUCACAGCCAGGUCCUCGAGCAGCUCCGAGGGAAUAUCCUUCUCAACGGCCUCUCGUUAGAGGCAGACAUCACUGCCAACUCAGACAGCCCCAGGGUGACAGUGGCACAGCUGGACUGGGAUGUCGCAACAGUCCCUCAGCUCUCUGCCUUCCAGCCAGACGUGGUCAUCGCAGCAGACGUGCUGUAUUGCCCAGAGGCCAUCGUGUCGCUGGUCGGGGUCCUACAGAGGCUGGCUGCCUGCUGCGAGCACCACCGGGCACCUGAGGUCUACGUGGCCUUCACCGUCCGAAAUCCAGAGACAUGCCAGCUGUUCACCACCGAGCUAGGCCGGGCGGGGAUCAGAUGGGAAGUGGAACCUUGUCACGACCAGAAACUGUUUCCCUACGAAGAGCACUUGGAGAUGGCAAUUCUGAAACUCACACUGUAGGCCUCACGCACGCUUUCCAGCAUGAUUCUGGGAAUCCAGUCGCUAUUGGGGGAAGAAUUUUUAUAUGGGGAAGUGGAUAAAACUUUCAUUGGACUGGAAUGUCUGAAGAAUAUUAAAUUCCAAAUCGGAAACCACAGACUGCUUUCUAGUAAGAUAUCGGCUGUCUAAGUGUGUGUGUGCCCCCUUUCUGCCAGCAGUUCUAGUUCUUAAGAAAAUCACGACAGGCCAGGCAUAGUGGCUCAAGCCUGUAAUCCCAGCACUUUGGGAGGCCAAGGCAGGUGGAUCAUGAGGUCAAGAGUUCAAGACCAGCCUGACCAACACUGUAAAAAUCCCAUCUCUACUAAAAAUACAAAAAAAAAAAAAAAAAAAAAAUAGCUGUGUGUGGUGGUGCAUGCCUGCAAUCCCAGCUACUCAGGAUGCUGAGGCAGAAGAAUUGCUUGAAUCUGGGAGGCAGAGGUUGUUGCAAUGAGCCGAGAUCAUGCCACUGCACUCCAGCCUGGAUGACAGAGCAAGACUCCCUCUCAAAAGAAAGAAAAUCACUGUAAAUCAGACAUGAAAAUUCUGGCUCCAAGAAAAGCAUUUUCUUUGUGCAAAUAAAGACAUGUGUAUCAAGUAUGAUGUCCCCCAGUGUGGACACUCAGUUCCUCACAAAGCCACGCGUGCAGUAGCUGCCGUCUGUGGGCUUACCGUGCAGCGGGUGCUUGUUUUCAGCACAGGAAUCAAGAUGUUAGGCAGAUAGGCAACAUCUGGAGACCAAACGCAGGACGAGGAGUACUGCAGAGGUCACGGAGAAGUCACAGGACAGUAACACGCUAGCAGCUAGCAGGAGCGUGGGACAUGAAGAACACAAGAGAGGAAGUGUUUCCGAGCCUCCAAAAAUCAGGGCCAACCACAGCUUCCAGGGCCACGGAACCCCUUCAUUCACCAAACUUCUGUCAUUUCGGCUUCUGACCACUGGGAGGCGCUGCUCGAAAGGGUUUGCCCCGAGACUGGGAAGCAGCUGCAGGGAGGACAGCAGGGGUCGUGGAGUUUUAGCCUCUGGCCCAAGGGUCAUGUGUCUGUAACCAAAGGGAGCACGGUCUGCACCCAGCUCUCGUCCCAUCGGAGCUGCGCCGACUCCUGCAAGUUCUUCCGGAACAGGUUUAGCUUGCCCGCAGGAUCAGGAAAGUUUGAGAAAAGCAUCUGCAGAAAAAAAGAGCAGAACUUACCUCAUCGCCUGUCCCCACCCCAUCCCACAUCACUGCCUGGCUGACCCCAGGUCUCUGACCCAGCAACACUCCCGCCCAAGUCCCUAAUUCCCUCACCCUGACUCGAGGCCCUUCACGCCAGCAGUACUCUGUCUACAACUUGACAUCCUGCUUUCUGGAAACUUCCCCGCAUGUCCCACUUUCCCACACUCGGUGUCCUGGAGCACCUCCCAGCCUUUACAUUCUGUGCCUUCCCCUUCGAGCACCCUCCUUUCGGCCUUUGGCCAACACAGUCCCACCCAUCUGUGAGUAAGGAGGGGGUGUCGGUAUUCUUUUCAGCCUUGCUAAACUGCCUGAAUCAAGGAUCACAAACUACAGCCUGUAGGCCAGAUGCGGCCCACACCUGUGUUUGUAAAUAAAGUUUUAUUGGAACACAGCCA